UUUGUGAAUGUAGUCAGUCUUGUGGCUACUUGAGCAGGGAACACCCAUCCUUUACUACACUGCCGUUGCCGGGACAUAGUUGAAAUUAGUGGAACAAAUCUCUAGUCAGCAUUGUUGUGAAUAAAUACAACUCUACUAUCCUCUACACUAAACUGCAAGGUUUCUGUAGUUUAUUUGCUCUGUGGCUCCAAGAUGGUGCUAGACCAGGUUUUCGGACAGCUGGUGGGCGGCUCCAUGGAACCAGACCUUUCAUAUAUUGAAGACUCGAAAGAAAUCCUCAACGAAAUGUCAAUGGAUUUGGACGAUUUCAAAUUUGAUUUUGAUACCAUCAGUGAUAGUUUAGGACCCUGGAUUCAAACUAACGAUUUGAAAUUAGACAUUGAUUCAGAUUUACAAGACGAUAGCUUUUUUAACAGUGAUUCCAUAGAUUUCGAGGACCUAAACAUUUCAGAAGCAGUUCGAUACGACUGUAUGUGGUCUAGUAACCCUGCCCCAGCUCCAGAAACCAAGAAACAAAUUUGUGAGAAUACACUAUUUGAAGAAUUCCUAAAGAUCAUCGAUAGUCCAUCACAGUUCGAACUAGAAAUAAAGGAGGAGAACACAGAAACCGAGGCGAAGCCCCUGAUUGAAUCUAGUUCCUGUGAUAAAUCUUUAUCCGAGGAGGAGAGUAAGGUUCGAAGUUUCUCCGCAUCAUUAGAUCAUUGUUAUGUAAGCUCCAGUUUACCUUCCUCCAACCUACCCCAGUACCCAACCAACUUUUUGGAUACACCUCCAGAAUCCUCUGAAGAUGAGGAUACCCAAACCAUAGUUCCUUUCCCUCACAUUCUCAACCCUGCUCCAACCUCUUGUAUUCAAUCACAAAGUUUACUGAAGAGCCCCAGAUCAAGAAUAGGAGGAGAACCCAAAUUUUGUUUCAGAGUUAAACUGAAAUCUGAUAAGUCUAGGUCAGUUUUGAAACAAAAGCUAAACCUGUCAAGUUCUCCCGUUAAACGGUUGAAUUUGGGAAUAAUGAAUAAGAAUAUGGUUCAGACAAGUAUACGAAGGAGGAAAGAGGAAAGCUUAAAGGUCAAACAUCACGAAGCGCGAGAAAUUCACAAUCACAUGGAAAGGCAGAGAAGGAACGAGCUAAAAGUAGCGUUUGAUGAGCUGAAAGCUUGCAUACCAGACAUAGCAACCUCGGAGAAAGUAUCCAAGCAGAUGAUUUUAGAUACAGCUUUACAAAACUGUAAGCUUCUUAGGUCUAGAGAGAUUUCAAUGAAACUACGAAAGGAGAAAUUGAAGAAAGCGAACGCUGAAUUGAAACAGAAACUAUUAAGUUUGCAGGGAUUAUGCUAGUGUGUAGUAGAUGGGCAUUAUAUAUAUAUAUUCUAUUGGAACCUCGCCUAUAAUCUCGACAAAGUGAUUAAAUCUAAAUUAUUAAAUUUAACAUAGUUAUAUAUGCAUAUUUCAUACAAAUUAUAUUAACGGUUAGAUUUCUUCAAA